AUGUAUCAUACUAUAGUCGAUGAUGAUGACACAGUUAACGUUUGUGUAUUAUCAAGAUACACACAAGCAAUGAUCAUUGGAGCUGUCAUAUAUGAUCAUGAUUUCAAAGAUAAUGAUCAUUGUAAUGGGUUCAAGAUAUUAACAACACAACAAGCAUCACAUUUAAUGAUUAACAAGAGACCUAGAAAGAAAGAAAACACCUAUGUUACAUUCAAACAGGUAUGUAAUAUUGCAUUGGUAUCGAAAUGGUGGAUGGAGGUAGUUUGUCAAACAACAUCUAAAAGUUUAAAGAUUACUGGUCCGAUGAAAGAAUCUCGCUUUUCAUCAUCAGAUAAUAAUAAUGUAGAUUCUCUGAAAUGGAAGGUUGCUUACCAACAAGUGAAUUACUUUGUUAAUAACAACCAACAAGAAAGAUAUGGAAUGUUUGACUAUUCAAUAUUACCUCUUUUUCUACCAAACCUCAAAACAAUCUAUAUUAAAGGAGUUGAUGCGAGCAAGGAAGCAAUUCAAGACAUUGUAAAAGUUAUCAACCUAUUCCCACACAUUCAAGUCAUACUACACAUGACCAUUUACUCUCAAUCAAAUGUUACUUGGCCCGAAAACAUAAACUUUGAUGGAUUACCACUCAAACCGAUUAUAUCAUUUACAAACAGAUACAUUGGUCCUGAGAAUGGUCAUUUUAAACGAUUGAUCCAUCUUGAACCAACCUACCUCAAUUUGAGACUCGAUAGUCACACUAUUCACCACACCAUUAUACAACAAAUACCACAGUAUACAGAACCAAUCUGUCCAAGUUGUGAUCGUCUAGUUUCAUGGAAUCAAGCCGACCAGACACAAUUUUACUGCACUACUUGUAAACAACCGUUUAAUAUAUCACCAAUACAUGUUAGAAGGCCAGCAUUACCCACUCUCCCACCUUUAUUCCGACGCCUCAUAACAACUCGUCACAUUAACAUUAUUUUAGAUUUUAUUGAAUUGGCACAUCUAAAAUACUUUUUCAAAGAUCCAUUUCAAAUUGAAUCAAUUAAAACUGGUAUUGUUACAUGUCUAUUGGAGAGGGAACUGGUGCCUGGGUUUCAAAGAAAAAAUACACAAACUUGUACUUGUGACACUGGGUCUCCUCCAUCCAUCGUCAGAGAUACUAUAGAAGAUUGGGAUCAACUAUGUAUCAAUCUCACCAACACUAGAACUUUGAAAAGACUUUGGUUGGAAGAUUUUCAUGGAUCCAGAGUGGUGAAUCAAACCAAUAAUGAACAACAACAACAACAAAAAAAAAAACAAUUUGAAAGAUUAGCAUCAUCAUUUGAAUCGAUUUGGAAAAAAAAUAAUAGUAUUGGACUUGUUUCAUUAUCAAAACUUCCACAUAUCAUAUCGCCUCUAUUCUUCUCAACUCUAUGCCAUAAUCAAAGUAUUACAACGCUAAUGUUGAUCAAUGGUACAUUGGAUCAAGAAUACAUUCCAUCAUUUUGUCAAUUAUUAUUGACCAAUCAGACAAUCAAAUCAUUGGAUAUAAGUGGUAAUCAUUUGGCACCAAGUACCAAGUUGAACAAGGCAUUGAAACAAAACAAAUCGAUUAAAGUAUUGAAUAUAGCUGAUAACAAAUUUAAUCAAGAUAUAUUUGAUUCAUUAUUGGAGAGUGACACUAUCCAAUAUUUAGUGAUUGAUGAACAAUUAUCAAACCAAAGAUUUUAUCAGCAUCACCCAUAUUUUAAUCAAUCAAAAUCAUUGAUUAAAUGUUUUAUACUACGUGUUGCACUUAAUUUCAUUUUCAAUUCUUCCAUUCUUUUGGAUUAA